ACACGUGCCGCAGAACGUGUGGACUAUGUUUAGUUUUUUUUUCAAUUAAAUUCAAUUAGUUGGAAAGAUGAUUCGCAAAGUGCCUCUAAUUGUGAUACUUGGUUCGACUGGAACUGGCAAGACAAAGCUCUCUCUGGAACUGGCCGAGCGCUUUGGGGGCGAGAUAAUUAGCGCAGAUUCAAUGCAGGUCUACACAAACCUGGAUAUUGCCACGGCCAAAGCAACGAAGGAGGAGCAAGCACGUGCGAGGCAUCAUCUGUUGGAUGUGGCGACACCGGCUGAGCCUUUUACAGUAACCCAUUUUCGCAAUGCCGCCCUCCCGAUCAUCGAGCGGCUGCUGGCCAAAUCCACGCCGCCCAUUGUCGUGGGUGGCACCAAUUAUUACAUUGAGUCCCUGCUUUGGGACAUAUUGGUGAGCACGCAGGAUGGGGAUAGCAACAAGAGCCCGACGGCAGACCUGUUGGCAGAUGACGCGAUGUCCUCGCUGACAACGGCCGCACUGCAUCAGCAUCUGGCCAGCAUCGAUGCCAGUAGCGCCAAUCGCAUCCACCCCAACAACAGACGCAAAAUUCUGCGCGCCAUUGAAGUGUACCAGGGCACCGGACAAACCCUGACGGAAAAGCUAGCGGAGCAGCGCCAGCGGCCAGGAGGAAACCGUCUGGGCGGCCCCCUACGCUAUCCCCACACAAUCCUUCUGUGGCUCCGAUGCAAACAGGACGUACUUAAUGAACGGCUCGAUGGCCGGGUGGAUGGAAUGCUGGAGCAAGGACUGCUCAGGGAGCUGCGCCGGUUUCACGAUACGUACAAGGGCGUCACUGUGCAGGCCUAUACCUCGGGGGUGCUGCAAACUAUUGGCUACAAGGAGUUUGUGCCGUAUCUAAUCAAGCACAACGAGCAGCAGGAUGAAAAGAUUGAAGAGUAUCUAAAGUCGCAUGGCUACAGAUUGCCCAGCAAAGAAGAUCCCAAGGAGGACGAUCUGCCCGAUGGCAUCGAUCUACUGCGUACCUGCUGCGAUGAGCUCAAGUUGGUCACGCGCCGCUAUUCGAAGAAGCAAAUCAAGUGGAUCAACAAUCGAUUUCUAGGCAGCAAGGACCGCCAGGUGCCCGAUCUCUACGAGCUGGACACCAGCGAUGUCAGCGCCUGGCAAGAGAGGGUCUAUCAACGAGCCGAGUCCAUAGUCGACAGCUAUCGCAGUGACCAACUUUGCGAGAUUGAGCCAAUGGGCAAGCGUGUGCAUCCCGGGGCCGAUCUCAACGAGGAGACGAGCAACUUUUGUGCCACCUGCGAGCGGCACUUUGUCGGCGAGUAUCAGUGGGGGCUGCAUUUGAAGUCCAACAAGCACAAGCGUAGGCGGGAGGCAAAGCGCAGAAAGGAGAAGGAGCAGGAGCAGGAAAGGGAGAGGGAGAGGGAGCAGUCGAAGGCUGAUAAGGAAUUGUAAACGAAACCCGACCCCGGAGACACGGCAUGGCAAUAAAGGCGUCUACGUGAAUUUGAGAGAUA